GCCGGUUUCUGCCUGCAUCAUACAACUCACCAAACUCUCCAGUCGCAUUCACCACCAAUCAUCUCUUGUGUGACGAACAGCUGCCUACGCCUCGAAAAGUGACAAAAUCUUCAUGAGCUAAUGUCUGCAACUAGUUCUAGUCGAUACGAUCUCAUCGUUUCACUUACCAUAAACCCAGCGGCAAAAAUAACAGUGCACUUCGGCGUUUCAUCGUGGAUGUGACAAUGAGCAACGCCUUUCCAAUCUCAGGAAGCUCUCCGUCACCUGGAACUCCAGAGUCGAGACGGCACCAAGUGGGGGAUGCGGACACAACUUCUCCAAGCACAUUCGGCCGGCCACUUCAGGAGCGAACACUGCAACAUGUAGCCAUGACAGUACCGCCGGGAGUGUCGCUGCACAAUGCUCCUCCCUCGGCGAUCCUGCAAAGAUUGCUGGACGACAUUAAGCAGCCGACGAGUCGCCAUUACGCGCGAUACGGUGCAUUCGUUUCAGCCGAAGGCGAGGGCUUGGUCCAGCUGCUCGAGCGGUGCGUCCGAAAGGAAGUCUGGGAUCUGAGUGCUCGGGCGACGCCGAAGUCUUCGCACAGCCGCCGCGUCGACGUGCGCAGAGACGUCGAGGCGCUCAAGGCCGUGGGCGGAGAUACAGGCUAUUUCGGUCGCGCGGUGUACCUGCACGUCGUCGAGUUUUCCGAUGGCACCACACGCCUGUACGUGGGCCAGGCGUUCAACCUGGCGGCGCGGAUCAAACGCCAGCACGACGACUUCCGGUACAGGCGCGACCACCCAAGCCUGCACAACUUCGCGGUGGACCGCAGCGCCGGCGACACGUACGUGGUGCUCGCGCAGCUGCGCGAGAACACGCGGUCGGACCUGGUGCUUAACCUGCUGGAAAUGUGGAUGGCACUGUGGUUGGGCACGCUCCCGGACGAGACGCUUAAUGACUGGCUGGGGCCCGUGGAUCUGCGGGGCGAGAGCGCUGGGACGAAGAAGAGAAGAGAAAACGUGUUCGGACUCAACGUUGCCGUGCCGUUGGACCAGGGCGACAGCGAGGCUUCCACACGUGCUUUUCAGAUGCUGAAAGACGCCAAGGACGACUUGGCAAGGGAGUACUUUUGGGACAUCAGGAAGAGACCUCGCCCGGUCGUCAGGGCGGUUACCGUGGAAGAUCAUGCUUCCUGGACGCUGUAUGUGCCUCAUUUUCUGGCAUGUACAGCGUUGGGUUUCGUGCUAGGUCGGUGGAGCUCUUUUCUGCGAAGAAAAUGAUAGGAGUCUUCCAACUCGGCUCAGCCUAACUGAGCGCCAUUUUUCUUCCUCGCUAGCUGCACUUAGACUCUUGUUGAUCUGCCCACGUGUCAGAGAAACAUACGGCAUAUGAGUUUGCGAUUCUGGGUGACCUUCUUUGCGAAUGAGCGGGCUAUGUGGAUCCAUGAAAAUACACAGGUUUCAUGGAAAGUUUUUCAUUCAGCUUUCUUCCCAUCAGAAAGAGCAUUUCGGACGUCAGAUGGAUGUUGGUCUUGGUGAAGACUGCUCACAGCUCACAAGGAAGCUUUCAAGCCAACAGGGUUGUGUUGACUAUCUUUGCGUGAUAAUUGGACGAUAAAAAUUAACCUUUUUCCUAUUUUGAAGUCAGGGAUUCAAGGUUUCCAAAGCAAGAUCUGCAGGAUUUGUUUCGUAUAAGCUAGGUUGCGGUAAUCACUGUCCCUGUAUCUUGACUAAAGUUAUGGAUGGUCUCCGCCUGGAUGUGGACGUUAGGAUGACGAGCAGAGGUUGGAAAUUUAAAUGCGAAGAAUCUUAGAAUGUUCUUAUUGCCAACAACUUCUUUUCGUGUUCUGGAAUUGUCCUUGGG